UUUUUUGUUUUUGUUUUUCUUGAUCACUUGAACUGUGAAGUUGAAUGUAUUUCAGUUUAGAAUAAAUCCCUGCUCUGAGCUGCAUGUGGGGCUCCUGGCUGUUCUUUGCGCUGGCACUGAAGCUUCUCCACGCAGAGCAAGUGUUCCCAGAACAGAGGACGGGUGUUGUGUGUGUGGGCUGAGGAGAGUCACUCAGUGACCAGGAGAGGGCAUCUCGUGUCCUGAAACGGAUCCGCAGCCAGCUCUCCUCCACCAGCAUCAUCCCUGUUGCUGUAGGACUGAUUUAUUCUGGGUGUCACGGCCGACGCGUCUCCUCCACAGCCGCCCGCAGCUUCUCCUCUCCCCGCCUGAGGCAGGACGCGGGAACUUGGACCGCAGUUUYCCCCCAACCCCACUUCCUUCAGCUCUGCUCGGUGUCUUUAGACGACUUGGUGGGKAAUCAACAAUUGGCGGCUCGGUGCUCGUGAUGCCUUUUUCUUCUUUUUAAUCCUCCCCCCAUGAAAAGCUGAGGGGUGUCAUCACCAGCUUGAGUGCGUCCCUCCUGUGUAAGGUUGCAGUCAGAAUUAUGCACCAAGCUGAUGUCGCGCGCUAGAAGCUGCAAACUCCAGACAGAAGCUCUCUGACGCACACCUUGUGGAGCUCCUGUCCGACAGGUGUGCGGCUGUGACCGCGCGGCGCGAAGAGCGCGGGGUGGGGUGGAGCGGGGACACGCGUCCUGGAUAGAUGCGCAACUGUAGAGCAAAACGCUCAGUGCGUCUUCUGAACAUGUGGAGUAAAAAACGAGAUCCGUGAGGAUGAGGAGAAGCAGACACCGCGCAAGUAUGGGACCUUCUGUGCUUUUCAGAUGGCUUGUGUUCACAGUGGUGGUGCCUGCCUGGCUGCUCGCCGCUCCAAGUGGCAUCCGGGAGCGCCGCUGCCCCCAGAGCUGCAGAUGUGAUGGGAAAAUAAUAUACUGUGAAUCCAACGCCUUCCGUGAUGUGCCAAACAACGUGUCUGUGAGCGCCCAGGGCCUGUCGCUUCGCUACAACAGCCUGGUAAGCCUCAGAGCUCGUCAGUUUGCGGGCAUGAGCCAACUGGUUUGGCUUUACCUCGACCACAAUUACAUCAACGCCGUGGACGGUCAGGCCUUCCAUGGGAUACGCAGACUCAAAGAACUGAUUCUCAGCUCCAAUAGAAUGACACAGCUUAAAAACAACACAUUCCACGAUGUCCCGAAUUUACGUAAUCUCGACAUGUCCUACAACAAACUGCAAGUUCUCCUGCCAAAUCAGUUCAUUGGGCUACGGAAGCUGUCCAGUUUACACUUGAGGUCAAACUCCCUCAAAACAAUCCCCAUGCGAGUUUUUCUUGACUGUCGCAACCUGGAGUUUCUUGACAUUGGCUACAACAGGCUGAGGAGCCUAACACGUAAUGCCUUCGCAGGACUCCUGAAGCUCAUUGAGCUUCACUUGGAGCACAAUCAGUUUUCAAAGAUAAACUUUGCUCAUUUUCCUCGCCUGACUAACCUGAGGGCGCUCUACCUGCAGUGGAACCGGAUCAAACUGCUGACCCAGGGCCUGCCGUGGAUGUGGACUUCRUUGCAAAAGUUGGACCUCUCAGGAAAUGAGCUGGAGGUACUGGACCCGAGCACAUUUCAGUGCCUGCCUAAUCUCCAGACUCUGAACCUGGACUCCAACAAACUAAGCAACGUCUCUCAGCAGACAGCGGAGAUGUGGAUCUCUCUCACCACCAUCAGUCUGGCUGGUAAUUUGUGGCACUGUAACCCCAACAUAUGUCCACUGGCGUCCUGGCUCAAAGCCUUCAAGGGUAACAAGGAGACUACUAUGAUCUGUGCAAGUCCCAAGGAGGCACAGGGAGAGAAAGUGACAGAUGUGGUGGACACUUAUAACAUCUGUACAGCAACUCCGACCCCUAUCCCCUCAACAACACUGCCGCUCACAUCUGUGUUUCAGCCUGAACUGCUGCCUCUCCCCACAGAGGCUGCGGUGGACAUCAAGCUGACCUGGAACAGGACGGCCUCUCCGACUCCUUCCGAGGCCUCCCCCACCGUACCUGUUCCAGACACCGAGUAUGUGUCCUUCCACAAGAUCAUAGCUGGAAGCGUGGCCCUCUUCUUAUCCGUGGCUAUAAUUCUUCUGGUUAUUUAUGUYUCGUGGAAGCACUAUCCCAGCAGUCUCAAACAGCUUCAGCAGCGCUCGGCGGUCAAAAAGCGCCAGAAAAAGACUAGGGAGACUGAGCGCUCGUUUAAUUCACCACUGCAAGAGUAUUAUGUGGACUACAAGCCUUCACACUCAGAGACUAUGGAUAUGCUGAUUAAUGGGACAGGACCUUACACAUACACCAUCUCAGGCUCCAGGGAAUGUGAGGAAGCAAAGAUACCACGGCAGCUGAAUCCCCUGACUCUGUACAGGUAUGAGCAGUCAGUUCUGGAUUACUGUCAUGCCCACCUGUCGCUGCACCACAAUGUGGGCAUGGAGCCCUCCACUCGGGAGCUAGGAGGUUCAGGGCCAGCCUUGUACCACCCGGGCCUAAGGGCUGCCGUCCCCUCUGAGCCUGCGCUGCCUUGCCCCCAGACUCCCACCACCGGUGAGCCGAGCCGUGUACAGCGCUGAGGCUCCGUCUCUGAACUCCUGUAUCUCAGCAACACAGAAUCACCGAACUGUUCAAAGGAAACAAAGGUUGUACGGGAGGAAACUGGGACAGGAAAACGAAGCAGAGGAGACAGCUAAUCUACUGCAGCACAUUCUGAAUGCAGGGUAAUGAAAAUGAAACAAUUUUCCAGUGGAAAUAAAGGAGCGCAGCAGUAUUGAUUAGCUAGAAUUUCACCUAGUCAACCCAAAAUGUCCUCAAUUAGCAAAGCGGGCUGUAAAGCAGCAUGACUCCCCACAAUCUGCCUUCCUCUUGAGGAGUCUUAAAGAUAAUAAAUUAAUGAUUUCUUUUAAUCCUAUUAAACACUUUUCCUUGACUUCUCAUGAUCUGGGCACCUCUCUGUUGUGCAGGUGAAGUAAUCAAAUGAUUAAUGCUCCAAACAGAGCAGGGACACAAUGUGAUAAGCAGGCGAGAAGCAGAACAAAUGAAAGGGUGGCUAAAAGCUCAAAGUUUCUCUGCUGCAGACGUUUCUCUCUGGCUCACAGCAUUUUUCAUUUGGAAAAAUGAGACGCUCAGAUGAAAUGACCUAAACUUGGAAAAAACACAUCAGAAUAUAGCAGAUGGUAAACGCCAUAUAAAAUGUACAGCCGCCCCAAAUUACUGGCAGYAACUCCAGUUUUUAUGGAGACUUGUGAUGUCAAAUGUUGGUCACAUUUGAGUUAGUCUAACAGAGAUGGAAAACACAGAAAGCUGCACUGUGACGCUUUGGUAUUUCAUCCCUCAUUGGAAAUACUUGUGUGGUUAAUUGGUUUUAUUUCAUUAUGCAUCAUUAAACCAAUAAUCUGACUGUACACUCAUAUWGCUACACGUGUGAUUUUUACAAGAUGUUACAUUAUACUAUAUGGUGAAUAAACUGUGAGAAAUGACCAGUAAUGGUAUCAUUUAUCAAGAUCAGUGGGAUUGAACCAAACGACUGUCUGCUGUAUUUAGACAACUGAGUAGGUGGAUGAAACUGAAGAGCAAUGUGCUGAAGGCGAGACUGUUUAACAACAAGAUGUCUUGUUUUCGCAUUAGUAACUGACCCCCACRAGAACUUUCACUUGCUUUUCUUCUCUUUUUGUGACUGUGUGUGACCAUUAUCUGAUGUAAUAAAGUAAACUGGACUCUCAGAACUUUUAUGUUGUUUCCGGGGAAAGAAAACUUUAAAUCUACAGAUAGCAGCUCCACAGUCUCAGACACACACAUUAAAAUGGACUAAGAUAAUGAUGGGAGCUAAAUGUAAUAUGAUGUUAUUUUUAGUUGUUUAUAAACCAUGCACAUUGGAGCAAAAGUCAAAAAGUUGGAAUAAACUGUCUUCARCUAUUGUUGAA